AUGGGUCUGCACCAGCGAGCUCACGUGGACCUGUUCCUCAGCCAAUACAUGAAGCCGCGAGCGGAGUGCGUCAUCUGCAGCGCCGAAAAUGCGCCCAGCACCAGCCGCGGGUACAUCCCAUCCGCGCCGGCCCUGCGGUUGCGGCAAGACCCCCUGGAUGGCCCUGGCAAUGUUUGGGCUCUUAAGGAGCCCUGCGUGCAGAAAGGCAAAGGUGUCACUGUCCUCGCAGGGCUCUCCAGGAUACUCACCGCCUACGAGACGCACCGGCCAGCAGGGCAGGGCCGGGACUGUGUCGCGCAGAAGUACAUAGAGCGCCCCCUCUUGGUGCCGCGCCCAUCGGGGCCGGCCAAGUGCGAUCUCCGUGUCUGGGUGCUGGUCCUGGACUGGAAUCCGCUGACCGCCUUCGUCCACCCGGAAGUGUACUUCCGCGUGGCCACCCUGCCCUAUGAGCUGGACUCCAUGGCCCCGAAUGCUCACAAGACGAACUGCCGCGAUGCCGAGAAUCGGACGCCAAUGAAGGUUCUCUUCGAGCAGCUAGGGUCCGCUGCCGAAGAGCGCUGGCGGUCCUACACAUGGCCCAGGCAGGUUGAUUGA